CCUGCCUGUACUGCCUGUACCACACUGUACUUUUUAUGCAGUGGAGUGGAUCUCGCAGUGGAUGCAGAGAGGAGUUGGUAGGCAGCAGGCUAACAGGUGCAGAGUCCCACCAGUGAGAAUUAGUUUAAAAAAAAGCUGCAAGUAAACUCAAUCUGACUGUGGAAGAGUCUGCCAGAUGACUUGGUGCUUCUCUGAGAUCAUGUGUGGUAUUACAUCAGACUUCUGUGUCAUGCUUUAUUUUCCACUCAUGUGCUUGGUGAACAAUUCCUUUUAAAUACACUGUGGCUGGUUAUUACGCUGCAGUCAGUAAAAUGGAAAACAUGACUUUAUGAACAUUUUUUAGUUCCUCGUUCAUCUAAAAAGGCUUAAAUCUUUGGUUUAAGUCUCCACCAGCAUCUGUCUAUAACUAUAUAGAUUCUUUAUUUAGAGCUUUAAAAAAAAGUUGUGGUCAGUCACAGGGUUUGAAAUCAGAAGAUUAAUCUUAGUCAAUGUGCUUGUGUGAAGUUUAAGAGUUGAAAUAUACACUUUUAGCUGUGCCUGCUGGUCAUGUGUGCAGGGGAAUGUGUGGCUGUAAUAGAGCUGCUGACAACCGAAUGACAGGGUGUGGUAUGAACGCACACCGUCCUGCUAGGACAAAACUUGUUUAUCAUUGUGAUUUAAAUUUUUCCUGUAUUGAUCAAAAUGCCAAAUUGAUUCCAACCGGGAGGACUCGUCCCCACUCGUCUCACAGGUGAUUUGGGUUCAUGUGUUUAAAGCAUUAAUAGGAGCAGAUGGGAGCGAUAAUCCAUGCAGUUUUCCACUUUCAUCAAUAUUAGUUUUUGAGCCUCCAAAAUGGCAAGAUGGAAAAUUCAUUAGGCUGCCAGCCAAGCAAUGAGCACAAUAAACACAAUUAUCGUUACACCUCACUGGAAAUGUAACUAUUCGCUCACUUCACUGACCUGCUUUGUGAGAAGACAUUUAAUUGGUGUUACAGAGAUUUCCUGGCACACUGACGCCCUGGAAUUUCUCGUCCGAAGAGCUCAGAGAAAUUAAUUGCAGAAUUUAUUAUUUUUGUUCAUGGCAACAAAUAGGAAAACAUCCUUUACUGUGAAACCCUUUCAUCGAGGGGAGCGUUACAGUGCUCCACGAGUGUGAGGGAGAGUGAGCUCAUUCAUGUAUUUAGUGUGGCAUAGCAAAGUGUCGGAACACAACCUCUUGGGGAUAUCACAGUAUGCACAUGAGACUCCCUUGAGGAUGAGUUUAGCAGCUGUGAGACCAACAUUUCUAUACCAGAGCCUCUCCGUGGGGAGAUCACCAACUCUCUGAAGGGAGCAGGGAGUGGUAGGUGUGGAAGCUUGGCAGCUCAAAAGCAGCAGUGGUGACUGGCUUUGGUUCCUGAGUGGUGCAGUUAUGGGCAGGCCGGAGGGGUUGGCCAGGCCACCUCUGGUGUCAGCCAUGGCGUUUUCCCUCCUGGCUCUCUCUUUCCUCUGCACCGGGGUCUCCAGCCUCCCGCAGCCUCUGCCAAGAGUCUUCCUUUCCUUUGAAGACCUGCAGGCCUCUGAGUCAUUUGAACAUUAUAGUAUAUCAGACAAAGCCAUGGACUACAGGCUGCUGCAGAUGGAUGAGGACCAGGACAGGAUGUAUGUGGGCUGCAAGGACCAUGUUCUCUCCAUGGACAUCAACAACAUCACCCAUGGCACACUUAAGCUGUUUUGGCCUGCUUCAACAAGCAAAAUAGAAGAAUGCCAAAUGGCAGGCAAGGACCCUACACACGGCUGUGGGAACUUCAUCCGGGUGGUGCAGCCUUAUAACAGGACUCAUCUGUUCAUGUGUGGCAGUGGAGCGUAUAGUCCUGUCUGUGUGUACGUCAACAGGGGCCGCAGACCAGAGGAACAAGUAUUUCACAUUGACUCCAGGACAGAGUCAGGAAAAGGGAGGUGCUCCUUCAAUCCACAAGUGAAUACAGUCUCUGUCAUGCUCAAUCAGGAGCUGUUCUCAGGCAUGUACAUUGACUUCAUGGGGACAGAUGCUGCCAUCUUCAGGAGCCUAACCAAGAGAAAUGCAGUGCGGACAGAUCAGCACAACUCUAAGUGGCUUAGUGAGCCCAUUUUCAUUGACGCCCACCUCAUACCAGAUGGAACAGACCCCAAUGACUCCAAAUUGUAUUUUUUCUUCCGCGAGAGGCUAACAGAUAACAGUGGAAAUACUAAGAAUAUCCACACCAUGGUGGCCAGAGUGUGUCCGAAUGAUAUUGGCGGACAGCGCAGCCUGGUCAAUAAAUGGACCACCUUUCUUAAAGCCAGGAUGGUUUGUUCAGUUGUGGAAGAGGAUGGCACGGAAACCCAUUUUGAUGAACUUGAAAGUGUGUUUUUGCUGGAAACGGAUCUGCCCAAGGGCCUGUUGGUGUUUGGCGUGUUCACUUCCACAAGCUCCGUGUUUAAAGGCUCGGCAGUGUGCGUGUACAACAUGGCGGACAUUCUCACAGUCUUCAACGGGCCCUUCGCUCAUAGAGAAGGGCCCAACUUUCAGUGGAUUGCAUUCCAGGGGCGCAUCCCCUACCCAAGGCCUGGAACUUGUCCUGGUGGAGCCUUCACACCUGACAUUCAGACAACAAAGGAGUUCCCAGAUGAUGUGGUGACCUUUGUCCGCAACCAUCCUGUAAUGUUUAACGCCAUCUAUCCGGUGGGGAGGAGACCCCUGGUGGUUCGUACGAAUGCUGAUUAUAAAUACACGGCAGUGGCUGUGGACCAGGUCAUGGCCGCUGACGGCAACUACCAGGUGCUCUUCCUUGGCACAGACAAAGGUACAAUACAGAAGGUGAUUGUGCUACCCAGCAACCAUUCCCUGCAUGACGAUCUGAUCCUGGAGGAGCUGGAAGUGUUUAAGACUAAGGCUCCUGUUACAAACUUAAGAAUAUCCUCUAAAAAACAACAGCUGUACGCCAGCUCGGAGUUCGGGGUCUCGCAGGUCUCCCUGCACCGUUGUCAGGCUUACGGCUCAGCUUGCGCUGACUGCUGCCUCGCCAGAGACCCCUACUGUGCCUGGGAUGGACUGAGCUGCUCCCGCUUCUACCCCACUGGCAAAAGGAGAAGCAGAAGGCAGGAUAUUAUGCAUGGAAAUCCACUCACUCAGUGUAGAGGAUUCAAUUUAAAAGCCUACAGGAACGCAGUGGAGAUGACACAGUACGGCGUAAAAAACAACACCACUUUUCUGGAGUGUCUUCCCAAGUCUCCUCAGGCGUCUAUUCGCUGGCUGAUUCAGCGAGACAAUGACAGAAGAAAAGAGGUUAAGCUGAGUGACCGCGUCCUCUCCACCGAGCACGGCCUCCUCAUCCGCUCUGUGCAGCUGUCCGACCAGGGUCUUUACUACUGCCUGACCUCCGAGAAUGGCUUUAAACGCACUGUCGCCAAAAUCCGUUUGCAUGUGCUGAGUGAAGCGAUGGUGAGCAUGCUGACAGACAAGCAGCAGUCGCCUUGGGCAUGGACCAGCUCUUUGCACCCCAAGGUCCUUUUGGCAGCCUUCAGUCCCGCAGAGAACCUGGCAGUGCAACAAUACUGCAAAGAGAGAAAGGAGCUCAAGAACCUCCAACAGAGGCAGCAGCAGCAGCCAUCGGAGCCGCCCGGACCUCUCAGAGGGGAUUUGGCCAAACUGAAACCAUUGCUGGACCGGAGGAAGAGCCGCAAUAGACGCAAUCACCCAGAGGACUGACAGAAGGAGCUUGCAGCUGCAAAAACAGACAUGCACAACUUCCUAUAGUCCCCACAAAACAGUUACAGAUCCCCAUAUUCCAACUUUCAUCUCAACCUCAGAGCUCCGUAGUUGAUAGACAUUAGAGGGAGAAGCAUGGGGAAAUGUUAUAUAGCAAUAUGUCCUUUUUUUUUGCAUGAGGUACUGUGACCAGAAGGCUGUGACAUGAGCCAUUCUUUUUUUUUCACAGUCACAACACAAAUCAAAGCAGCCCUAUUAUGACUGCCACUAAGAAUCUGUUGUCUCUGCUGACAUUGCUAACCAUAAUACAUGUCAGGUCGCCGCUAUAUUUUAAAGCGGGAGUAGAAUUUGAACUAGUUGGACAACAGCUCACAGUCAAUUUGUGCUUCUUGAAAGAAGAGGAAAGUCAUUUAAAAAGCUCGUGUUAAAUGGAGCUGUUUGAAAAGGGACAAGCAAUAGGCAGAUGCAUGUUUAUUAGAUGCUACUCCUUUUUGAAUAUUUUAUUUUUUAACUAACCAAACGAUUAAAUUAUGGGACACUCUACAGGACUUUGAGAAUAUAUGUAGUUAGCAUACUGUUUACAAAAACAAUGGUCAUGCUAAGAGCCCACGGCAAUAAAAAGUGUGGUGUUGGAGGGACGAAAGUUAAAACUCUAUUAGUUCAAAGGCCAAGCUUUACGUCCAGUGCUGAUGCUACCCAAAUGGCAAUUCUUGUUGCAUACAUGUCGUCUAUAUUUAUUCCUACUACUCAGAUGUACAUGUACUGUAUGAAUAUGUGCCUCAUGUUUAAUCUGCAUAUUGUAUCAUAAUUCUCUCAUUUCCAACACAGACGCAUGUUCAUAGAAGGUGUCUUAAAUCCUCGCCUCAGUUAGAUUUUAGCAACCAAGCUAGCAGAUACGCACAUUUUAAUUAGUGUAAAACUACGCAGCUGCUGAAACACGACAGUAUCCGUUAUUGGAUCCACAUUUUCUGAGCUAUCUCCAGCAAGUUGGACAUACUUUUAAUUCAGAAGUAGUAAUUGUCAGUGAGGUAGUCUGUGAUUUAGAGCCUUCAACAUAUGUGAAAAGCCAAUUUUUUCCCCCUAAGCAUAGUUAAUGUAGAUAGCGAUUAUUUGUUGCUUGUGUACAGAGCUUUUUGUUGUUGUUUCUCUGUUUGUUUGGAUGUUUCAUUCUUUUAAUUUAAUGUCGUGCCAGGUAUUGUGUUUUAAAUGUGUAUAUAAUUUCAACAUAUUUCGCCAACUAACUGCGACUGUGUCUGCAAAUUGUAGAGGCAUACAGUAUUAUUUAGAUUUUGAGAAAAAGACUUUCUAGCGUUCUCUCGUACAGAUCUCUCCAGCAUCAUGUCAACAGUGUAAUUUUAGUCUUAUGAAAAAUAUGUAUUUCUAUUUAUUAAUGUCAUGGUAGCCUGAAUAAAUUUGUUCAGAUCA